AUGUUUAUGAAUACUGCAAUUAUCCCUCCACUACUCUGCAAGCAAGCAAGCAGGCAGACACGAGGAGUGUUUCCUUGUCACCUCUUCCCCUCCUUCCCAGUCCUCUUAAUCUUCUCCCCGUUCCUUGCAUCGCACUCCACCACUCAUUUCCUCUCAUGCCUGCCUGCCGUUCCCGCGCAAACUCCCCCCUUUAACGGCCGUGUUGCAGCGUUGUGUGUGGCGCGCAGCACCUCCCCUCCGCGCCACCGGGCAGCAGCAGCAGCGUCGCCCGCCUGCCAGCCUAUCACCCGUGGCAGUGCUCUCGGCCUCUUCCUGCGCUCGCUGCUGCUCUCCUUCCACCACCUGCCCUUCCAGCCUCUGUCCUUCGAUACUGUCACACACCGUAGAAGAACGACCCAUGAAGGCACGCGUGAGGGCAGCCUGGAAGCAGCAGAAAGGGGGAUGUGGGACGGUGGAGGGGCUGGGGCAGGGGCGGGGGCGAGGGUGGAAGAGGACAGGACAGCAUGGGAGGAGGAGUUUGAGCGGGAGGUGCUGGGGCGAGGGGGGAGAGGGGGAGGGCAGGGGGAUGAUGCUCUGAUGCCUUCUGGGGGGGAUGAUGGGGGCUUGUGGGGGGGAGGAGCUGGGAGAAGGAGCAGUGGAGGGAUGAUGGGGAAGGAGGGGCGGGAGAGUGGACGGGAAAGAGGGGGGCGGAAGCAGAGGGGAGGUGGCGGCAUGCAGAAGCAGUUUCUGCGGGAGGCAGGGCGGCUGGCGGAGUACCUUGAUGGGCGGAUAGAGGAGGCUAGCAGACGAGGGGCAGCAGCAGCGGGCCCAAGGACUGAGCAAGGACAGCAAGGAGAGGACAGCAAGGACAGCAGCCUCCCCUUUCGUCCAUUGUGCACAAUGGAUGAUGCACAUGUGGACGACCAGAGCGCACUGGCUCAUGCACAUGACCUGCCGCCAAAGGUGCAUCUAUGGCAGCAUCACGAGUCGCUCUCCUCGCGCCAUCUCUCCGACUCCCUCUCCUCACUGCACCGCUACUUUGACUACAGUGCGGGCAUGGCAGCGGUGGGCGGGCGGGCAGCAUCGGACUGGUGGGCGGGGCGGUUCCAGGCAGGGCUGCUGGUGGAGGGCGGCAUGCAUGCGCGAUACGGCCAUGUGCAGCACGCCAUGGGGGUAUGUGCAGCAUGGCAUGGGGUAUGUGCAGCACGCCAGGGGGGUAUGUGCAGCAUGCCAGGGGGGUACGUGUGUGUGGUCCAUGCAGCAUCAAACUGGUGGACAGGGCUGCUGGUGGAGGGGAGCAUGCAUGCACGAUACGGGCACGUGCAGCAUGGCAUGGGGGAGAGUGAUGACGUGUGCUUGGUGCACGCCCUCACAGCCAUCUGCCACCUCCUAUCACAGACUGCCACGUCAGACGCACCCCGCCAGCUGGCAGUGCUGGGAGCCCCCAGCUCGCUGCAGCAGCCAACACUGCUGGAGGGGGGAGUGUGGCGGGGUGGCGGGGUUAGCGGAGGGAAGAAGGGGCGGGUGAGAGGCGAGGGGAUGGUGGGGCGAGGGGAGGAGGCGCAUGGGGGCGUGGAUGGGGAGGGGGGAGGGGGGGCGGCAGUGGCGGGCGGCGUGCAGCAGCAGGUGUGUGCGCUGCUGCAGCGCUGCCUGGUGCGUGCCGCCCAGCUGAGACUGCCGCGCCUCGUCUUUUCCAUUCAGCUGCUGCUCACGCGCUACAGUGUCGAGCACGUAACGGACGGAAGAGCACUCCACGCCACCACCUCCCUCUCUCUUCCUUCCUCCGACGUCAACCCGUCCCCUCUCCUUGUCUGCCAAGUAAGCCACUCCCUCCUCUUCUCUCCUCGUCUGCCCUUGCUUCUCUCUGCUGCUCUUCUUGCAACUUUCCUGCGUGGUGCUGCCGAUUGCCCCGGCCGUGCUACUGAUACAUGCUUUGCAGCAAGCGAUUCACCGCCCAGUGCUGAUCUUGAGUCCCAUGCGUUGAGGCAGCUGUGCACUGCAGCAGGGAGGCAAGAACCACUCUCUCACUCACAUCCACUUUCCCCCGCUUCCCCCUACUCCCACCCCAUCCCGAUUCUCGUUUCUCUCCCACUGGCCAACCUCCCACUGCUGCUUCCCCUCUCCCUCCCCUUUCCCCCUCACUCAAGCUCCCCCUCCCCGCCCUUUCCCAUUCCCCCCCCUCCCCUCCCUUUUUCAUUCCCCCCCUUUCUCCUUCUGUCCGCGCUCUCCCCCCUCGCCUUGAGGCACCUCAAAACUAGUCUCCCAUUACACCCCACCUUCACUGCUGCUCCCCCGUCUCCCCUCUCCCCACUGCCCCCAGCACCUGCGUCUGGGCGCCCAUCUAUUCAACGAUGCCUGCACCUCCGCCAUCCUCCUACCCUCUGCGCUCUCCCCCCUCGCCUUCCCCCCUUCCGCGCCUCUCUCUCUCCCCUCCCUUCACCUAGCCUCCGCUUCUUCCUCCUCCGCAGUGGCAGCAGCAGCAGCAGCAGCCGCUCUCAACCUCUCCUCCAGCCUAGCCCUCUCAGCGCCUCUCUCCUCCGCCUCCACCGCCGCGGCUCUCUUCAGCUCCGGCCAGACCUUCGCCGGACCACAGCCUGCAGCCCCACCAUGGCCACUGCCAGCUCGGCACUUCAUCUGCUCUGCUACUCCGAUGCUGCCACUGCGGACGACCUAGCAGCAUCGGCAGUCAAGCUGCUGCGACACAGAGCUGCACACUCUGGUGCCGCAGCGGCCCUGCCUCUCCUGCGGCGCCUGCAGCAGCAUCCGCUGCUCUCCUCCUCGCCCACCCUCCGCAUUGCUGAGCUGGAGCUGACUCACGACCUCUGCCUUGCCACGGGGCGGACAUCCCAAGCACUGCACAUGUGCGCGCAGCUCGCAGCCAUUGCCACACGCCACGGCCUCUCACAUGGGGAUGAGCAGGGCGGGGGGCAGGGGGGCACGGAGGUGGAUUUGGAGUUGGAGGCAGCAUGCCAACACGUGCACACCCUCAUUGCUGCCUCGCGCUUUCCCCAGGCGGCAUCAGCAGCCAAGGCACUGUUCACAGCGUGCUGUCGCCACAAUCGCCAGCUGUACCACGCGCGCUGCCUGCUGCUCAUGGCGGAGCUGCACCUGAAAGCCGGGUCACCAGCGGCCGCCCUGCCACACGCCCUGGCAUGCGCGUCCCUGGCAGCCCGCCUGCACGCACUGCUGCUGCAAGCUACCGCCACCCUCACUGCCGCUGAGGCCACCCUCGCCCUGGCGCCUGCUGCCUGCGGCUCUGCUGCUGCGGGGGAUGGCGCUGCUGCUGGGGAUGGCGAGAGCAGCAGCGGGCGGGAGUGCGCAUUGCAAGCACUGUGGCUGCUUGAUGGGGUGUGCCUGCCGGUGCUGCUGGGGCAGUCAGGCCUCACCAUGCGCUGUCGCACCCUCAUGCUCAUUGCCCACUGCCACCUCGCCAUGCUUCAUUGUCCUGUUCCCCAUGUGCUAACCAUACAACCUCUGUCACCCACCACCCCUGCACCCACCACCCUUGCCACCACCACUGCAUGCAGCGGUGCCAGGCAGUGUGCCUGCAGUGCUGCCGCUGCUGGAGGAAGCAGCCAACGGCUUCCACACCAUGCAGGUCAGUGCCACCCACCCGGUCACUCCCACCCCGUCACUCCUACCCAGUCACCCACACCCCGUCCCUUCCACCCAGUCACUCACACCCCGUCAAUCAGUCGCACCCCGUCACUCACACCCCGUCACUCAGUCACACCCCGUCACUCACACCCCGUCACUCAGUCACACCCCGUCACUCACACCCCGUCACUCACUCACACCCCGUCACUCACACCCCGUCACUCACACCCCGUCACUCACACCCCGUCACUCACACCCCGUCACUCACACCCCAUCACUCACACCCCGUCACUCACACCCCGUCACUCACACCUCGUCACUCACACCCCGUCACUCACUCACACCCCGUCACUGACACCCCGUCACUCAGUCACACCCCGUCACUCACACCCCGUCACUCACACCCCGUCACUCACUCACACCCCGUCACUCACACCCCGUCACUCACACCCCGUCACUCACACCCCAUCACUCACACCCCGUCACUCACACCCCGUCACUCACACCCCGUCACUCAGUCACACCCCGUCACUCACACCCCGUCACUCACUCACACCCCGUCACUCACACCCCGUCACUCACUCACACCCCGUCACUCACACCCCGUCACUCACACCCCGCCACUCACUCACACCCCGUCACUCACACCCCGUCACUCACACCCCGUCACUCACACCCCGUCACUCACACCCCGUCACUCACACCCCGUCACUCACACCCCGUCACACACACCCCAUCACUCACACCCCGUCACUCACACCCCGUCACUCACACCCCGUCACUCACACCCCGUCACUCACACCCCGUCACUCACACCCCGUCACUCACACCCCGUCACUCACACCCAGUCACUCCCACCCCGUCACUCACACCCCGUCACUCACACCCCGUCACUCACACCCCGUCCGUCUCGGGCAGGAGCUUGCCCGGGAGAGGGACGCACGCCACCUGCAGGCAGUGCUGUGCCACUUGGCGGAGCAGCCAGCCCUCCGUGACACUGCCUCCCGCCGCUUCCUGGAAACUACCAGUGCUCUCAGCGCGAACGCUGCCUGCCAGAGCCCGCUGGAGCUGCUGCUGUGA